AUGUCGAAGUCACCUACACCACUGAAUGAGGUCCCUGCCGUCGCCACCACUACUUUAAAGCGUAAAAACGAAGAUUCCGACGAAAACAACGGCAAUGACGACUUGAGCAACGACAAUCAGUCGUCGUCGACUCUUAACCAGAACAAGAGAGUUGCCUUGGACAGCGAGCAAUUGGAUUUACAAGAUCGCAAGGAAGAGAAUGAGCGUAUGGCUCCUGUUAUUACCAACAUUACUGGUGUUGCAGCGAACGAGAAUGAGCAAGAGGACGCAAAUAACGAGAAUGAUGAUGAAGAUGAUGAAGAGGAAAAGAAUGAGAACGAGAACGAGAACGAGAACGAGAACGAGAACGAGGAGAAAGCAACGGAAGAGAAGGACGUAGAAGUUGAAAAGAAUUCUAAAGUUCAAACCAGCUCUGGCUCUAAGAAAGUCUCUUUCCAAGUUGAAGAAGAAGAAGAAGAAGAAGACGACGAAGAAGAAGAAGACGAAGACGAAGGUGGUGAUGAUAACCAGGAUGAGAAAACGGAAGAAAGUCAGUCGAAGCAGCCUGAACUUAGCGUGCAACAGAUUUUGGAACAAGCGGCAUUGUUAUCUGACCUCCAACCUGCUUCUACUGCCCCUGCGCCUGUUUCUGCCUCGCCUCCUAGUCCAGCCCCCGCAGCAGUUGAAAAACCGUCUGCUCAUGCUGCUAAAUACGAAUACGAUUCUCCGCCUUCUUCGUCUAAACCUGUUUCGGACCACAAGGAAAAAGAAGACCUGGCUUCUAUUUCGAUUAGAAUGUACUGUCCCGUUAAAGAGGCUAGCACCAUAGUCGGAAGACAAGGCAACAAGAUCAACCAUCUUCGAGAGAAGGCCAAUGUCCGCAUUCAAAUCAGUGACAACAUCCGCGGUGUGCCUGAAAGAAUUGUUAAUGUCAGAGGUGCAGCAGAGAAUGUUGCUCGUGCUUUUGGGUUGAUUGUGAGGACGAUAUUGAGUGAGCCCGAGGAUGAACCGGCCAACAUGAACAGUCAACAGUACAAUUUGAAGUUGUUGAUUCCUCACCCAAUCAUUGGGUUUAUCAUUGGUAAGCAAGGGUUGAAGUUUAGAGAGAUUGAAGAGAACUCAGCUGCCAAAUUGAAGGCAGCUGAGACCACGUUGCCCUACUCCACCGAUCGUGUGUUGAGCGUGAUGGGGGUGGCUGAUGCUAUUCACAUUGCCAUUUACUACAUUUCAUUAAUCAUGAUUGAGCACAAGGAUGCGUUGAAGAAGCAAAAAGUUGUCUUGUAUAAUCCUGCAAACUACCAACCGGAACAGCCAUCGUUUGACGCUCCAAGCCACUCGAGGUACUCUGGUCACUCACCUCUGCAAUCUGCACCAAUGGGGCAACAAUAUGGAGAUGGUGGUGCCAGUGGGGUCAGCUCAAUGUUCCAAAACAGGGUGGAUCUGUUUAGACCACCACCACCACAAUCACAACUGCACCAACUGCACCAACUGCACCAGCUGCAGCAACCUCACCUGCUGUAUGAUUUUUCAAUGAUGUUUCAGCCAGCGGCUCAACCGCAACAGAACGCUUACGGCUUGCCACCUCAACAAGCACCACCUCCAGCCAUGUCGGGCAUGUCUGGUGGCAUGCAUCCUCAAGAGCAGUACACGGAUGAAUACAACAACACCUUAAUUGGAGAGGUCAUCAUUCAUCCACCCGUGCAAUCGGGAGACAAGUACAACCAGGACCUCUACGUUGCCAACUCGCUGAUUGGAUCCGUUAUCGGUAGAGGCGGGAACAACAUUAAACAUAUAAGAGAAAACAGCGGUUGUUCAUAUGUCAAGAUCGAGCCCGAUAGAGGCCAGUCGAUCAUGUUGGGAGGCAGAGGGUUGACCAAUAUUCGAAAAUUGACCCUCACUGGUAGUCUAGACUCUUUCCAGCAAGCAAUUUACUUGAUCAACCAGAGGAUCAAUCAAGACAGGGAGAGGAAUGCAAGAUGA